AUGAACGGCUUGCUCAAUGUCACCACAAGGGCCCAUGUUUCAGCGGAAUUCGUCUAUUCCAUCGCGAGGAUACAUCGCGUAGCUUUGUCGCGACAUUUCAGCAGUGAAUCCCAAAGUUCAAGUGCGCUGUCCGUAGGACAAGAGACUCCAGCGCCCAAAUACGAAGGAAAAACUCGCAAAAAAAACUCAACGUUCACACAGAAACUACGUUUACUUCGUAAAGAACUCGGUUCUCCUGUCAAACACAAUGUACUUUCUACUGUAAAAGGUUCCAUCAAGCGUACCGAGUCCAGCCAUAAUAACGUGCUCCAAACUCUACAUCAAAGCAUUAUCGCUGAUGCUACAGCAACGGCGAAAUCAAAGAAAAAGAAGCAGAAAAGAAAGGUAGAGAGGGAGAGAGUAGCCGAGCUCCCAGAAGCUUUGAGGGAGAUGUUGACUAGCCUUGCUGCUUCGGGGAGCUUGCAGUCGGAGGGAUGGAAGGACGACUGGGGUGAGGAUAAAUUAAAGCCGCCAAGUCCUUCGGAGGAUGAUGCCUCCCCAGACAACAUGAGACGUCCACCGCCGCAUAUGCGGCAUCCGCUGCCCUAUAUUCGACGUAUCGAGGGAGUUUUAGAGCCAAGGGAAGGAGGUCCCCUUGAAGACCUUCCAUCACCUUCUGAGCAAAAACCGAUUGCGAGACUUGCUCAUGGAUUGGAUCGUGUAUUGUUCAAUCCAGGUGUGCACUGGCUUCAGGAUCCACGGUCGAAAGUGUAUAAUUUCACGCCUUGGUUGGAAUCAAUACCGAACGUAAAGGAUUUCGCUUUUGAGCGAAUAACGGGAUUCAUUAGGAGCUCUCGAGAUCAGGAUCUAUGGGCUCUAGCAAAACAGGAAAACCGCAAAUUUGGAGGUUCUACUUCUUCAAUGACUGGAAUGCUUGGUCAUGUCUACUUCCUGAUUUCUGGGGACAGAGACGUUGACACUAGCUGUCUAAGUAAAAGCUUUCAACGCGAGCCAACAAACUUUACCCCAGGCCAGCGCAUGCCUUCGUCCGUGAUUCUUAAUUACAAGGAUGGUGUCUACGCUAUUGACUCGGAUUCAUCAGACACUUCCGAGAAGAAUAUCCUGACUUGGAUGGGAACGAUGCUCGAGAAGUUUUUAACAGAACCUCGAGAAGAAUUCGUUCGCUACCUUCGUUCUUCUCCUGAAAUCCCUCAGGAAGACAUUGAUCCACGCAGGGAGGCAUAUCGCUAUGCUAAGUCCGAUCGGUUUGUAUUACGUUCACAACUAGAUUGCGUCGAUGGACGGCUACCUGGAACGGGAGUUUUCGAUCUUAAGACUCGUGCUGCAUUGCCCCUCCGUUUGGAUUUAUUCAACUACGAGGAAAAUUCAGGUUACUUGAUACGCACCCUCCAAGGAUCAAUGGAAAGCUUCGAGAAAGAAUAUUAUGAUUUAAUCCGUUCUGCUUUCUUGAAAUAUAGCUUCCAAGCGCGUAUUGGAAAUAUGGAUGGAGUACUGGUUGCAUACCACAACACGGCACGACUUUUUGGCUUCCAGUACGUUCCUCUGGAUGAGAUGGAUUCCCGGCUCUUUGGGGGCCCCGGGCGUGGAGAUCGAGUAUUUGAGAGAUGCAUUCGUCUGCUCGAACAUGUCGCAGAUGAAAUUAUCUCCACUUUCCCUGAGCAGUCUCUGAAAUGCACCUUUGAAACCAAAGAAGGUAGCCAUGUCAUGAAUGUGUUCGUCGAGCCUUCGGAGUGGCACUCUGAGGAACCCUGUCCCAUUGUGCAACUUGAUGUCACAUCUUCGAGCUAUGUCGAUGACAAGCCUGUCAGAAAUGCUCAAGCGGUAGCUUCCAUUGAUAGCUCAUGGCUAGUUCACUGGACAAUUUCUCAAUCGUCCUUAAGCAUGGAAGACAUCCGGUCCAAUUUUGCAUCUGCCCAAGAGCGCAAGUUCCGUGCAUGGAACCUUCCAAGAGGCGUUUCGCUCACCCAGAUGGAAGAAGUGUGGAACAACAUGGUUUUCAACAGACCAGAUGGAGUUGAAGAUGAAAUAAAUACAAAUACAGACGCUGAGAAACCGACAUCAACAUUCGACCCUACCUUCUUCAGGUCAGCCAAGUUCAACAUCAAACAGCUUCGCUCGCUAUCAAAAGCAGGUCGGAGAGAUACGCUGCUCGCUCAGAGUGCUGAAGCGGGGAUGCCAAAGAUCAUAUGGGGACAACCAGAUUCGUUUGAGUUCAUGACCGAGUUGACUGGCGGAAAUGAACCUUUGCAGGAUGAGUGUGUGGAAGGUGUAUCCCAAAGUGCUUCGCAAGAUGCAGGCAUAGUAUCGGAGGAUAUCAUCGAAAAGUCUAACUCGGCGGAUGUGGCAGAACUUCCUGAAGUCGACUUGGACCCAGAGGACAAAGUUGCUACCAUGCAGGGUGAAGGAAAUGCUUUCACCAGCAAUAAUGAUUCAUCAAGUGCAUCCACUGCUGGAAUUGCGGCGUUCGACGAAGCCGCUAAUUUACCCACUGCAAGCGAACAGGCUUUCAUUCGCCCGCCUCAAUUGUCAGAGCACGAUGGCACGGAAGUGACUGAUGUUUCUCCCCCAUCCCCACUCCAGGAUUCUACCUCAGAAUCUCAGCUGGGUCAAAUGCGCCCAAGCGAGACUCGGACCGUUCCAGGCGAAGGAGAAUCACCAGACAUUCUUGGCUCAGACUCCAAGCACUCAUUGUAG